CGCACCCAGCCAGUUGUCAGGAGCGGCGAAGGUUGGACGCAGGAAGAUGACAAAGGGGAUAACCGGUACCAGCCAUGGCGGCCGACAUAACGCCGCUGUUCAGAGCGAGCGUCAAGACGGUGAAAACGAGAAACAAAGCGAUGGGAGUGAGCGCCGAACCGCGGGAGGAGAUCCUCAGGCGGGGCAGACCCAAGGGCGGCUUCUCGAGCCGAGCCAAGGAGGUGGUCGCUAACAUCAGCAAAUUAAAGGAUUUCCUUCUGGAGCACAGGAAAGAUUACAUCAAUGCUAGCAGUUGUUUUAUGUCAGAGUAUUCUCGCAUGACGGACACCGAACGUGACCAAAUUGAUCAGGACGCUCAGAUUUUCUUGCGAACAUGCUCCGAUGCCAUCCAGCAGCUGAGGACGGAAGCAAUCAAGAACGUGAUUUCUCCCCAGGUGAAGGAGCACAGAGAAGGGGUCCUGUACUUGUUGGAAGCAUACUUGAAAAGUGUGUGUAAAGUGUACUCUGAGCAGAGGGCAAUUCGAGUCAAGCGAUUGGUGGACAAGAAAAGGCUGUCAAGAAUUGCACCUGAACAGCAUAGCAAGAAACCUUUGGUUUCAUCUUCAGAGUUGAAUCUUCCUAGCAAGACAGAGAAUUCAGAAGAACAAGUCAUAAAAGAUGAAAAUAAUGCAGAUAAAAGCAUCCCAGAGGUGCAAGACAACUUGGGUCUUUGGGAAGAUGGCAAAUGGGAAGAUGAACUUUCGCCGGAGGAAAUUCAAAUGUUUGAACAGGAAAACCAGCGCCUUCUCACCGACAUGAAUAGCCUGGUGGACGAAGUGAGGCAAAUCGAAGGAAAAGUGGUUGAAAUCUCCAGACUUCAAGAAAUUUUUACUGAGAAGGUGCUGCAACAGGAAAAAGACAUUGACAAUAUUCACCAAUUGGUUGUGGGUACAACCGAGAAUGUCAAAGAAGGGAAUGAAGACAUUAGAGAGGCAAUCAAAAAUAAUGCUGGAUUUCGAGUGUGGAUCCUAUUCUUCUUGGUUAUGUGUUCAUUUUCUCUGCUUUUCCUGGACUGGUAUGACAGUUAAGAGAUGGAGCUGGCCAAGGGCUUUUAUUGUGUCAUAUUCAAUAUGACCUGACAGGACUUUCAUUGAUGUUCAUAAUCUACAACUAGAGCACAGAAGAAGACUGACUUACACGAUAAAUAAAACCUAAAAUCAUCACUUGAAACACAUAGUGGCACAGUUCAACAAUAUUAUGUAUUACAGUAAUAUUUUUGUUUGUGAGCUUGUCUUCGUAAAAAAAAAUCUUAAGCUGACUUGGUUUAAAUAAUGCAUUAUUUUAAAUACGAAAACUGUGUUGUAUACUUGUUCUUCUCAGUGAGUCACAUCAGCUCCUGAUACAAAUCUUUGUGUCCUGAUGCCCAAUAAUGUUCAUAGUCCGAAGAGCCUUUUUUUAAAAAAAAUGCACAGAAACAGAAAAUGUACAUUUGUAAUGCACACAAUUGUUGACUUCCACAUGGCUGUUUUCAAUGUUGUUACUCUUAGUCCAAGGAAUACAAAGAGUUCAAUGCAGUGCAUCUUACUGCUUGAAUCAGAGAAAUCAACAGUAAAUCAAAAUGUUGUUUAAUACGUAAGAAAACUGUUAUUUGAAAUUGCUAAUAAAACCUGCCAAGCUGCUGA